UUUUUUUUCAUUUCAAUUGAAAUUAUUCACGUCAUUAAAUAAUGACAAAUUGGUUCAUUGAUUGAUUUGUUCCUAGCUGCCACCAUAGUGGGGGACAUGCUAUAUGUUAUUUUCUAUUAUCAAUUGGAACAGAAUUCACCGCACAAAUUUUUUUAUUGAAAUCAAUCCUGAAAUUGGGCAAGAUUCAGCGGUUAUUCGGUCUCAAGUUAUAGAGUCGGUUUCAAAGACAUUUUUGAAAAGACGAAAAGCACUGACAUCGAGUAUCCAUCCGUAAAUUUUCAUUGCAAUUAUUAUUUCCUGUAACCUUAUUUUUUAGCGGUUUGAUAGAGAGAUGACAUCUAUCGAAGUUGACAUUGAGGCAACACGACACCAUAUUUCGAAGUUCGACUUUUGACACUUGUCAUUGUGGUGUGUGAGUAUGCCAUUCAUCCAUCGCUAUUUCAUCAUCGCUUCAGCACAAACCACAUCGCAGAGCAUCGACUACACGUGAAACUAAAUAUUUUCUUCUAUUCGCGACGCCAUUUUUGCUCUGCUGAGAGUCAUUUCAACACUUAAUUUUAAUUCAUUAGUUUAUUCGCUGAGUUUGUAUUUUCGACCAAUUUAUUUUACAAUAACGAAAUAAAUAGUUGAAUUUGUGAAGUUUUCCGUGCUUUCUGGUGAGUUAAUGCAAAAGUGUGAUUUUCUAAAAGUUUGUUCCAUGUUUCUAAUGUAUAUUGUACAAACAGUCUGAUUUCCCAUUGACAGUACCAAAAUUGCGUCGAAAUGAAUGGUCACGGUAGAGAGCCGCCUGACAAACACGAAUCUGAUGCCAUCGCGAACCAAAAUGAAUCGAUUUUGUGUGAAAUGGAAAUCAAACUAGAGCCGACCGUCAAAGAAGACCCCAAUGAUAACGAUAGUAUUAUGAUGGUGUCAAGAUCAGCACACACAGCCAUUGGAACACUUGAAAAUGCGAUUGCUAGUGGGCAAAUCAAUGAUAUCAACGUUUGCUGUGAUUUCUACCAUUUGGAUGAGGUAAAAUCGGAAGUGAAGAAUGAAAACUUUAAGGAUGAGGCGAAUAGGGUUCCACGUAAGAGCUUCGACAAAGAUGAAGAGUUACAAAACAAUGCAAACAAUUGUUUCCCUAAACCGAGAUCAAGUGGAGCGGAUGAAGGUGAAGCAACAAAAAGUGCAGGCAAAAUCAGGAAAAGUAGCACAGCCAACCGUUUUGGUAGCAAGCAAAAACCAACUGAAGGCGAGACAAAUGGAAAACGACACAAGUGUUCAUUGUGCGAUUAUGUCACCGACUUCACAACCAACUUGAAUAAUCACAUGUUCAAGCACACUGGCGAACGACCAUUUCCAUGCAGCCUGUGCCAGAAGCGAUUCACCCAAAAACAACAUCUCCAAUCGCACAUGAAAACACACGUCGAUGAAUUUCUGUUCAGUUGCUCAAAUUGUUUGCAAGGAUUUCAUCGCAGCGAGGAGAAGGUGGAACAUGAAUCUGGUUGCAAAGUUCGUCGCUACGAGUGUCAUAUGUGCAAGGAAUUCUUUGCUUUGCAUAAGACGCAUUUGAAACAUCAUCUGCGUGUUCAUACCGGCGAGAUACCAUUCGAAUGCGACCAAUGCUCAAAAAGAUUCAAUCUCGCGAGUAAUUUGGAACGCCACCGCAAAACUCACACCAAUCCUCGUCCAUUGAAAUUCAAGUGUUCAUCUUGCUUCAAGAACUUCGCCCAACAGAAGGAAAAAGGAGAUCAUGAAGCCAACUGCAAGCGACGCGGAUACCGAUGCGAAUUGUGCAAGAGCUACACAACUCAUCAUAAAACACACUUGAUGAACCACAUGCGAGUCCACACUGGCGAGAAGCCAUUCCGAUGUGGAAUAUGCUCGAAAUGCUUCUCGCAAAAGGUUAAUCUCAACCAGCACAAGAAGAAAAUGCACAAGUAACUGUCUGCUAAGUCUGCUGUCAAUGAAUAACACUUGCAGUCAAUCACAUCGACAGACACAACUUUUUAUUAUCAAUUUGCAUUAAAUAAAAACAAAUACUAAAUUGUAUCAAGUAUAAAAUCUGGUCUUUCUAUUUCGUUUAGAUUUGUUUUGAAUAUUUGAAUGAUGGCAAACUGAUUCAUCAUGAAGCCGAUUGAAUUCAUUUUAUUUCAUGUCAUUUACAUUAAAUCUAAUUCAAAUGAUUAUUUAUUUUUAAAAAAUUAGAAUUCCAAACUUCGGCGUAACGUGUUAUUGAUUGCACUUUCCAUCCUUCGCUUUCGUCAAAUUUGGCUCCAAUUUUUGUGCACACUCCAACGUGCAAUCGUUACCGUAGGUUUCACCGUUUGUGCCACACACAUGUUUGCAGGUAUCAGUACAAAUGCAGGGCGAUGGGCCGCAUUCGCCAUUCGAAACUUUUGUUACGCACGGUUCGGUUUCGUUCUUAUAUAAUCCAGAGCAAAAUAAUAUACAUUUGCUAUCGUAGGUCAUGCCAUCGGAUCCACAAACUUCGUCACCAGGUUUCGGUGCCACGCACUUGCAUGAAUAUACUGAAUGGACAAUGGCCACAGCAAGUCCAAUAAUCACGAUUAAAUUUCUCAUUUUUGUUUAUUACACGCUUCUCAAUUCUAUUCUAACAAAAGCUUGAUUUGUUU